CAUCUUCUGCUUUUCUCUCAAUUUUCUCCCUCUAUCAAUGGCAUGGAUUUGUUUGUUCACCAUCAUUUCAAUUUCAACGCUUGCAUAUUCUUCGAAAGGGGAUACUGAGUAUCAUUCAAGAUUGGAUCUGGAUUCGCUGACACGUGACCUGUUGGACUCUGCCAAGGAACCUGAGUUUUUUGAUUGGUUAAAGAGGGUUCGGAGGAGGCUCCACCAGUACCCAGAGUUGGCUUUCGAAGAACAUGAGACAAGUCAGCUCAUCAGAUCAGAGUUGGACUCGCUUGGGAUCGACUACAAGUUCCCUGUAGCCAAGACAGGGGUUGUAGCCUCUGUCGGGUCUGGGGUGGAACCCUCGUUUGGCCUCAGAGCUGACAUGGACGCCCUUCCUAUCCAGGAAUUGGUUGAGUGGGAGCAUAAGAGCAAGAACAAUGGGAAGAUGCAUGCUUGUGGCCACGAUGUUCACGUGACAAUGCUGCUUGGAGCAGCCAAAUUACUUCAGCGCAGGAGAGAUGAAUUGAAGGGUACUGUUAAGCUUGUUUUUCAACCUGGAGAAGAGGGUCAUGCUGGUGCUUAUCACAUGAUAAAAGAGGGUUCUGUUGAUAAUGUCCAAGCCAUGUUUGGAUUACAUGUUUCACCAGAAAUGCCCACCGGAACUGUUGGGUCGAGACCUGGUCCUGUGCUUGCUGGCUCAGCCAGGUUUCUAGUCAAAAUUCAAGGGGAAGGUGGGCAUGCUGCUUCGCCUCAUUUGACUAGGGAUCCAGUACUCGCAGCAUCUUUGGCCAUCCUUGCACUCCAACAGAUCGUUUCUCGAGAGACAGAUCCUCUUGAGUCCAGGGUUGUCUCAGUUGGAUUCAUUCAAGCUGGUCAAGCAGCCAAUGUUAUCCCAGAGACGGUAAGCUUUGGAGGCACUUUUCGAAGCAUGACCACAGAAGGCUUGUCUUAUCUGCAGCAAAGGAUCAAACAGGUAAUUGAGACUCAAGCAAUAGUACAUCAAUGUACUGCUACCAUAGAUUUUUUGGAGGAAAAACUGAAACCUUACCCUGCAACUGUCAAUGAUGAAUCAAUGUAUGAACAUGCGAAAAAGGUUGGAGAAUCUGUGUUUGGGAAAUCUAAUAUACUCCUUAUUCCAAUGACUAUGGGAGCAGAGGAUUUCAGCUUCUAUUCAAAGAAGAUGCCAGCUGCCUUCUUCAUGAUAGGGACAAAAAACGAAACACAAAAACAAACCCUUCGAUUGCACUCACCCUACUUGAUUAUUGAUGAGGAGGUUCUCCCCCUGGGAGCUGCCUUCCAUGCUGCGGUAGCACUAUCUUAUUUGGAGAAUCCUGCUGUACUUAAAGCUCGGUAACUUUCUAUUCUUGGAAUGAAGAUUCAUAGAAAAGUAGACAUAUUAAA